CGGAUGAUUCCCUAUGGUAGAAACAGCAAGUUCACCGGCCGUAAAGAUCUCAUUGAGGAGGUAAAGAGGUUUUCCGAGGGUAGUAACCACAACCGGAUUGCACUCCACGGAUUGGGCGGUUCCGGGUAUGUAUCCACCAUUGUUGCCAGAAUUUCGCGGGUUUACUAACAUUGCCCAGAAAAACGCAGAUUGCACUCGAAUACGUUUAUCAGCGGGCAAACGAGAGCGAUUGUCAUGUUUUUUGGGUGCCUGGAAGUGGAGUACAAAAGUUCAGUGAGGGUUUCAGAGCCAUUGCGCAACAUGUUCGAAUUCCCCUAGCCAGCGCCGAGAUGGACGAAGAGGAAUUCCUAUUAAAUGUAAAGAGGUGGUUUGAAGGUCCGGAUCAGGGCGAUUGGAUGCUGGUCAUUGACAAUGCCGAUAACGAGGAGGACUUUAUCGGCAAUAGUGGUCGCAUCUCCAAAUUCGUACCGCAAGGCCCCAGGGGUACUCUAAUAUUCACCACCAGAUCUCUCCAAGUCGCAUCAUGGCAGGGAUGCCAUAGGAUCGAUGUCGGAAAAAUGGAGGGGGAUGAAGCUCAGGAAUUGCUUUUGAAACGCUUGGGUAACUGGAACUGGAAUGGUUUGAGAGAUGAAGAAAUAGAGGCGAUCGCCAUGAUACUAGACUCCCUACAUUACAUCCCACUGGCCAUUGUAGGAGCGGCAGCCUUCAUGACAGUAACCCAGACACCACCAUCAACUUACUGGACCAUUUUCCGGGCAAAUGACGAACAAGCAAAGCGACUACUUUCACGGCCGUUUUGCGAUAUCCAACGAGAGGCUGAUAUGACUGAGAGCAUCCUAGCUACGUACUUUAUCACCUUCGACCGAAUCACACAGCAGAUGCCCAAAGGGGCAGAUCUUCUGCGUCUAAUUGCAUUCUUCGACCGUCAGAAAAUUCCCGAGGAGCUAUUGAGCGAAUGUGGUUUGGAAGGGAUGGAUGAUCCAAUUGAGUUUCGUCAGGCAAUUGGAAAACUAUUGGGAUUUUCAUUAGUUACAGCUGUCAAAUGUGAGGACAAGACAUUUUACGAACUUCAUCGAUUGGUCCAG